AUGGGGACAUCCGCAGCACCUCCAGCAUGCUCUCCCACGUUCCAGGCGCACCUCGAGCGCUUCCGCUGCUCGCCUUCCCCCACCUCGACCCGGCGCCCAUCUCGACUCGCCGAAACCGACACGACGACGGCCUCUGCACCUUCAGCGGUCGUUCUCGACAGUUCUGCAGCCGACCAGAGCCCCGCUCGACCAACCAGAUCGCCGCUUAAGCGCCCUCGCACUCGUGUCCUCAGCACUCCACCUCGAGCCGAUGGGACGAGCGCUCACUUUCAGCCCGGGCCCGAGGCGACCGACGACCUCAAGCCCAGCGUCAUCGACGACCUACCCGUCACGCCGUCCAAGAAGAAGAAGAAGCGGCCUCCUCGACCUUACGCCGACCCGUCCGAGUACGCUCACCUCGGCGCCGACCCGCUGCAAGACUACCUCGACGACGGCCUGUCGGUCCUCCUGUGCGGCAUCAAUCCGGGCGUCAAGAGUGCCCAGCUCGGUCUACACUACGCCAACCCGACCAACCACUACUGGCGCUGCCUCGCCGAGUCGGGCAUGACGCCUCGACGACUGCACCCGUCCGAGGGCCCGACGCUGCCCAGCUUGGGCAUCGGCUCGACCAAUCUCGUCGAGCGGCCGACAGCCGAGAUGAGCGAGAUCUCGAACCAGGAAAUGGCGGCUCGAGUGCCGGGUCUUUUGCGCAAGGUCGUGCGGCACAAGCCCAAGAUCCUCGCUUUUGUCGGCAUGAAGAUCUGCGAGGUCGUCCUGCGGUACCUGCACAACCUCCCUCGACGAUCCGCGUCCUCGACCUCGUCCACCUCGACGUCGCCCGGCCGCCGCAAGGCCAUGCCCAAGGUCAAGAUCGGCGUCCAGCCUGUCGUGAUCUCGCUCGGCGACGAUGGCCUCGAGGCCCCGGGCAAGAUCUACCUGUGGUGCUUGCCAUCGACGAGUGCGCGCGUCGUUGAGUACCAGCUCGUCGACAAGGUCAAGAUCUGGACGCGCCUCAAAGCCGACAUGGACCGCCUCGCGCAAGACCCGUCCGCCGACCUCGACCUGCCCGAGGGGACAGUCGCUCACCCCGUCGAGGCGCUCUUCCCGGCGCAGCAGAGCGGUACCGCAGGGUCGAGGGCAUACACGGUGACGCUCGUCAAGGAGGAGGAUUUGCGCGAGGGAGAAUCGAUGACUCGGCGCGGGGAGGAGGCCAGGCCGGCCAUGGAGAUCAAGAAGGAAUGAGCGGCGGGCCGCCGCCCUUGUCGUAGCAGCAUGUAUUGGCAGGUCUGCGUCCCCGAGUCCU